CCUGCCACAACGCCCGGCUAUUUUGCAGUGUCAAACUUGAUGCCACCUUCCAGCUUCUCUGGACUGAAGGGAGAAUGGAGGCACCCGCAGCUCCGAAGCAGGCCUGGCCCCCAUGGUACACCCUCCUUUUCCUGUUCCUCCUGCUUGGAGGGAGCAGUGGCAGCUGCCCCACUGUGUGUGACUGUGCGUCCCAGCCCCGGGCAGUGCUCUGUGCCCACAGGCGACUAGAGGCUGUACCUGGGGGACUCCCACUGGACACAGAGCUCCUAGACCUGAGCAGAAACCGCCUGUGGGGCCUUCAGCGGGGGAUGCUGUCCCGCCUGGGCCUGCUCCGGGAACUGGACCUCAGCUACAACCAGCUGUCCGCCCUGGAGCCUGGGGCCUUCUAUGGCCUGCAGCACCUACUCACCCUGAGACUGCAGGGCAAUCGGCUCAGAAUCUUAGGGCCGGGGGUCUUCUCAGGCCUGUCUGCACUGACACUGCUGGACCUCCGCCUCAACCAGAUUGUCCUCUUCCUCGAUGGAGCUUUUGGGGAUCUAGGCAGCCUCCAGCAGCUGGAAGUUGGGGACAACCACCUGGUGUUUGUGACUCCAGGAGCCUUUGCAGGGCUGGCCAAGCUGAGCGCACUCACCCUGGAGCGCUGCAACCUCAGCACAGUGCCUGGCCUGGCCCUUACCCACCUCCCUGCCUUAGUGGCCCUUAGGCUGCGAGAACUGGACAUUGGGAGGCUGCCAGCUGGGGCACUACGGGGGCUGGGGCAACUGAAGGAGCUGGAGAUCCACCACUGGCCAACUCUAGAAGCCCUGGACCCUGGGAGCUUGGUCGGGCUCAACCUCAGCAGCCUGGCCAUUACCCGCUGCAACUUGAGCUCAGUGCCCUUCCAAGCACUACACCACCUCAGCUUCCUCAGGAUCCUGGACCUAUCUCAGAACCCCAUCUCUGCCAUUCCAGCCCAUAGGCUCAGCUCCCUGGUGCGGCUCCAGGAGCUACGGCUGUCUGGAGCAUGCCUCACCUCAAUUGCUGCCCAUGCCUUCCAUGGCCUGACCGCCUUCCACUUCCUGGAUGUGGCAGAUAAUGCCCUUCAGACACUGGAGGAAACAGCCUUCCCUUCUCCAAACAAGCUGGUCACCCUCAGGCUAUCUGGCAACCCUCUAACUUGUGACUGCCGCCUCCUCUGGCUGCUCCGGCUCCGCCACCACCUGGACUUUGGCGCGUCCCCCCCAGCCUGUGCGGGCCCCCAGCACGUCCAGGGGAGGCGCCUGAGCGAGUUUUCAGACAUCCUCCCUCCAGGGCACUUCACUUGCAAACCAGCCCUGGUCCGAAAGUCGGGGCCUCGAUGGGUCAUUGUGGGAGAAGGGGGGCGUGCAGUUUUCUCCUGCUCUGGAGAUGGAGACCCAGCCCCCACUGUCUCAUGGAUGAGGCCUCAAGGGGCUUGGCUGGGAAGGGCUGGGAGAGUAAGGGUCCUAGAGGAUGGAGCACUGGAGAUCCGCUCUGUGCAGCUGCGGGACAGAGGGGCCUAUGUCUGUGUAGUCAGCAAUGUAGCUGGGAAUGACUCCCUGAGGACCUGGCUGGAAGUAAUCCAAGUUGGACCACCAAACGGCACCCUCUCCAACCUCAACAUGACCAUGCCAGGGAUCCCAGGGCCCUUCUUUCUGGAUAGCAGAGGCCUGGCCAUGGUACUGGCAGUUGGUUUCCUCCCCUUCCUCACCUCUGUGACUCUCUGCUUUGGCCUGAUUGCCCUCUGGAGCAAAGGCAAGGGCCGGGUCAGACAUCACGUGACCUUUGACUUUGUGGCACCUCGGCCUUCUGGGGAUAAAAACUCUGGGGGUAAUCGGGUCACCGCCAAGCUUUUCUAACCUUUCCUUCCACACUAGUGCCCCAGCCAAGUCAGCUUCAGAUAAAAAUGGGGCAAACAGAGACAAGGCUACUUGGACUAUAACUAGUCCCAGGCAGCACAGAUCUCCCACACCUCCUGCCUACACAGUGCCAGCAACUAGGGAUCCCUCGUGCCAGAGAAUCUGCCUUCCUCUUCCAGUCUGUUGUCUCUUCUCUGAGGAUCCUAGGGAGCUGCAGAUGCAAACCCUCCUUUAGCCUUCCUUCACCCCUCCACGUUCCCCCCACACACCCCCACACACAUAGAGCAAGAAACACAACCAAGACUCCAGGCUGCUAGUCUUUCCUCACACACACAUCUUUUAAUAACCAAUAUCAUUUGCCAAGCAUAGUUAUAAGAUUAUUUUAGAGGUACGGCUGAGAAGUGCCAUCUGCCUCUGGGGUCUCUGUUCCUCAACCAGGCAGUCUGCCUUUUAUCUUUACUACCCAUCCCCACCCCCACACUUGCCCCUUGCUCAAGGAAUUAGAGCCAAGCAUUCUCAGGCAACAGCGAAGAUGGGGACAGAUCACACACUGGAACUGUGUCUGCAUGAGCCUCCACCACCUUCCCUUAUCUGUCAGACCAUUAAACCUGCUGCCAGAGGCCACACCAGUAGCAACCAAAACUAAGCUUGUUGUCUGGAGUUGUCUUUACUUCAGUCUAUUUCCUCCCCUCAUUUCUGUGUUUUUCCCCUUUCUGACUGCUCAUCCACAGACCAUGUAUCCCAGAGGCCUUGCCCAACACCCAGCCUGGCAUACAGGGUAGGGAGGCCUGGCAGUGCUUCGGGGGAAUAGCACUCCCAGCCCCAGUUUUGUCU